AUGACCGAAUAUAAAUGCUGGAGGGAGAGGUUGGUAGUGAAGAUAAGAUUGAUAAAUGUCACAUUGUAUUAUAAUCUAGGUGGAGCUCUAAUAUGUAUGGAUUAUUUGGUUAUGAAUAUUCCGUGUAGUAUAUUAGACUAUAUAGUAAUAUAUGGUGAUAAGAUGACGGAUAUUACAAUAAUGGAUUUGAUUGGGGGAUACCAGUUCUUCGAAAAAACAGAAAUAUCAACUUGUGAGUCCAAUGUUUUUCAUCAAGCUAAUAUAUUGGUCAGUCAAAUAAAUAAAAUGAACAUGGAAAAUAAAACCUAUUUCUUUGUUAUAGACAAUAAAUAUUAA